AUGUUACCUGGUUACGCGUUCCAGAACUUGUAUGAUAUCGAGAAUAUAGCAAAAUGGUUGAGUUGCAAUGGCGAGGUGUGGGGCAUGGGGCCGACGGCGGUUUUCGCGAGUGCCGCCGCCCUAUUCUUGUACAACGAGCUGGAGGCGACCGUGUUCGUCCCUGGAGAUCACGCCCAUGUCUCCGUGUUGGAAAAAACCCUCAUUAGUCCUAAUAUGCUGCUGGAGAUGACGACAGCUGGACUCCUCGGCGGGCCGGAGAUGAUGCCAUUAGGGACCCUCACCAGGUUUCUCAGACAGCAGCAACCGCAGAUCCAUAUAACGGUGUGCUGGUUCCUGUCGUUAUGCUACGCCGAUUAUGUACGCAAAAACUACUGCACGCGAUUCAAUAUGCCUUAUUUGGAACAGUGGCAAACCGAGCUUCACGAGCGGGCCGCGCGCGGGGUACGGCGCACCAUGGAGAAGGUGAACAGUUUCGUCGGCAACGUCCAUCAACGGCUGCGUGGAUACGCGCCACCCGCCCAUCACCGGACACCUGACACACACACUAUUAUAGUAGCUUUAGGUCAUAUAUUGCUAACUAGAGUGAGAGCUCGGUGCCGAAGAGACCGUCGUCGAUGGCGGUCAGCAGGACCAACAGUUCCAUGGUCGAGUGCGAGCGGUCACCCAGCGAUGCGCCCACAAGCAAAGAGCUUUGCGUACGACUCGUCAACAGUGCAAUGGGCGAAAUGCGGCGAGAGCGCAGUGUCGACAGUUCCGACUGCGCUCUGGGCUGUCGGUGCGGCAGCGCUGUCGCACCGGCUGCUUGGUGCACUAUUCAGGCGGUUCCUAUUCCGACGUGUGCCUCUGUGGGAACUAAUUCUACAAAUCGAUAUGAUGCCACAAACAGACGAAGAAACGGAGGGCAAGAAGCUGAUGCAGCAGUGGAUUGUCUGGAUGUGCGGACUGGUGCCUCUGGUGGUGUACCUGCAGACACGUCCCCGACCAGAGACUCCGUCUCUCAUGAUAUGGAUAACACCGAGUCCAUGGCAACGUCGUGAAAUGGGCCCCUACGGAUACUACCUGAACCGCCCAUUAACUUCUCUGCAGUCUACCAUGCACGUGACUAACCACAGACAAGCCCUUGCCCUCCGGAAAGCGUUCAGUGACACAAAGAUAGCUAUGAAAGAACCGCCAAAGAAAAGACGAUAUUCGAAAUCUGUUUAA